GCCCAAGUUGCCCCAAGGUGCACAAGUGUCACUUGUUGAAGAUCUAAAGAUCGAAUCGAAUGGAUCGUAUCACACGUGCGUGUGUGCCCCGUUCAACAAUUAGAUUGAAAGGCCUCCCCUCCCCUCCACUCUACCACAUUAAUUACGAGUAUGCCUGCCUGCCUGCCUGCGUAAUUGCCGAUCCAGUGGGGCGUGUCGGACGCAUGGAAGAACGAACCACUUUGCUGCAAUUGUGUAUGGAAUGUUCCACCUGGAAAUGAAGUCAAAUUAACAAUAGACCCGCUCUAGGCGGGGGAUAAUUAUGAUGAUAACAAUCAGCGAUUCAGCAGGGAGGAUGGAAUGGCCAAAGAACAUGCAUCUUCCAUGGCCGAUUCAGAUGCCGAAACGGAUGAGGAGGAAGGCCACAUCGAGGAUGCCGAGAAGGCACAGCAACGCGACCGCGAGAAGCAUGAGGAGAGCGAGGAGCAAAGCAAUAAGGAUAUCCAGGACUCUGACGAAGAUGUGGCCGUGUCACUGCUGCGUGCCAAGAAUCUAUCGUUGCUGCAAAGCCAGGAAAUAUCCUCAAGCCAACAGAACUUUUUCCGCAUGCUGGACAGAAAGAUCGAUGAGGGUCCCGACUACGACUCGGCCAGCGAGACGGAAGUCGCUUUGGAGGAGGCACGUCUGAAUGCCCUGCGCCAGCAUUGGGAGUCUGCCAGCCUCACCGCCUCCAUUUGCUCCUCUGCCAGCCGCUCGCUGCAGACCACGCCCAUACGACAAGUGCAGGUGCCACUUAAGCAGCCUCCGCGAAGCGCAGGGCUCCUACUACAGCCCUCAUCGGCGUGUGGUACGAUGGCUGCGACGGAGUAUCUACCUCAGCAUGUUUUGGUGGGGCGACAACAGCAGCAUCAGCAGCAGGCAGCCGUUCUCUACCAGCAACAACAGCAGCAACAGCAGCAACAGCAACAGCAGCUCAUCCUCCUGCCCCAGAUGGAUGCCAACAUUGUCCAUACGUCCACUGCGGCAGCCGCAGCUCAGCUUGCCCAGCUCCAACAGCAGCAACAGCUCCAGCAGCAGCAACAGCUCCAACAGCAGCAACAGAUUCAUCAGCAACAACUCCAACAGCAGCAACUGUACCAACAACAGCAGCAGUAUAUGCUGUCCCUUCCCGCCGGAUCCAUGCCACAGAGCGUCAGUCCCAAGCGACUGAUGUAUGGAGCGGCGCCCUCGCCGCCGAUCAGCUCCUGCCCCGUAUCCGCAGCCCCUCCUUCCGUUCAGUAUAUCCCAGCCGGCUCCCAGCUCAUACAGCAGCCGGGUGCAACGGGUUUCCUUAAUGGCGCCGGCGCCAGCGGGGUGGGAGUGGGACGAGCGCCUUUGCAGCUGGCCUACUAUGGCGCACCGAGCACUACCCCCCAGGGAGCGGCGACUUCGGCUGCCCUCAAUGCCCCCGAAACAUAUGAAACACAAAGCGCUCCACACAGCCAAAGUCAGCAACAGCAGCCGCCACCGCCACCGCCGCCGGGUGGCUACUACGGCGAGAUCAUGCACGGAGUGCAGCAGGCCGCACCCCCGGCGGAAUACAAGUUUCCUGCGGCCAUUAGCGUUCAGAGAUUGGCGCCGCAAGUGCAGCGGCAGCUGCGCGAGACGCAGGAACUCAUAAAAGACUCGUGCCCGCAGCUGUAUGCCGCGGGCUAUGGCAGCCCAGGACCACCGAUACGCAAUCCCAGCAGAAAUCCAACUAGAACUAGACCCACCCUGGAGACCCAGUUCUCGCAGGAACUAUCGUGAUAUCUAUAUAUGUAACAAACAGCAAGCAAACGCAAACACAACCGUAGCAAAGGAUAAAACCACAUUCUGAACAGAAUCAAUGUUAGAUAAACCGCAGCCAAAGAACAGAAAGAACUAAUUAACCAAAACUAUGAAAUACCACAGGAAAAAGACAAAAAAAGCGAAAAACCAAAAAAAAAAUCGAAGAAAAUCAAUUAAAAAAUUGUAAAACUGCACUCGAUGUUUCAGACCCCUCCCGAACUGGGUAGAUUGUGUCACCCCCUUAUACGACAAACCUAUACGCGUAUUAAUUACUAAAAUCACGGUUGCCACAAUUAGUCCCCAAACCACCAAAACUGGUCCUCUUUUUGAUCGCUGGCCCACUUUUCCACCACAUGGUCCUUUUUUUGCUUUUAUUCAUAGUUUUAAUUCGAUAUUAUUAUAUAAAGAUUUUGUACAAUGACAAAAGAUAUUAUAAAACCUUCGUUUUGUAGAUAUAAAUUCGGUCAAUCGAUCCGAUCCCAAACGUCCGUCUUGGAUGUCGUUUUUGUACCAAUCGGUUGGCAGUUUUCUCUUGAUCACAAAAUUACAUUCCAAGCCCCGAUCGGUUGCUGUAUAGCCGGGAUAUAGCGUACUGAAAAAUAACCAGAACUUGCACAGGUAAAAUUUCGGGGCGCUCUAUCUCGGGCAGAUAGGCCCAGAUCGGUAAAGGACCUACUUUCCUAGGAUGGGGACGACUCGGGCUGUCGCUCGGCAUCAAUACAAUGAAACAUUUUUUCCCCGGUUUAAAUUCGUUGGACGUCCAGAUCGUUCAGAAAAUGGCAGUUAUCAGCAGAAAGCAACUUUAUCGAUUGGAAAAAUGUUGCAUACUUUUAGUUGCAAUUGAAUACUAAAUCAUAGCCUACUUUUGGGGUUAACAUUGAAAAUUUUGUGCAACAAAAACAUUUGUUGUACAAAAACAACAUUUGUUGUACAACAACAACAUUUG